AUGCCAGAGAAACGAAAAGCCGCGGAGCUCGAGGAGUUGGAGAUAAAACUAGACGAAAAAGCACCCUUAUCGAAAAAGGAGGCGAGAUUGCUCAAGAAGGGAAAAAAGUCCAUUGAUGAAAUACAGGCGAAAAAAGCAAUAGUUAUUCCUGUGGAGGAACCUAAGACCGCUGAGAAAGAGCCUGAAAAGAAGGCCAAAAUAGGUGUCUGGAUUGGUAAUCUCGCUUAUGAUACAACCUCUGAGGAUGUUAAGAAUUUCUUGGUGACAAAGAGUGAGGAAAUGGAACCAGCUAUUACAGAAAGCGAUAUUACGAGAGUGAAUAUUCCCAAAAAAACCGCACAUAAAAUCAAGGGAUUCGCUUACAUUGACUUCAAAUCACAGGAACAUGUGGGAACAGCUAUUGCUCUCUCUGAGCAAGAAUUGAAUGGACGCAGAUUGCUUAUUAAGGAUGCCAACUCGUUCGAAGGAAGACCUCAGAAAUCUGAAGAACCACUUUCCAAAAAUCCGCCUUCUAGAAUUCUGUUUGUUGGAAAUCUUUCAUUUGAUACGACAGAAGAGCUUUUAGAGGAGCAUUUCAGACACUGCGGAGAGAUUAUUCGCAUCCGAAUGGCUACCUUUGAAGAUUCAGGAAAGUGCAAAGGAUUUUGCUUCAUAGAUUUCAAGGACAUCGAGGGCCCAACCAAUGCUUUGAAAGACAAGUCCGUGCGCAAACUAAUCAACAGACCUUUGAGACUGGAAUACGGCGAAGACAGGUCUGCUAGAAAAGUUGGAAAAAGAGUCACAGACAAACCGGCAAUUACAGAGGACAGAGAAGAGAAAGAAGUGCUUCAUAGAAAGACCGAACACAAGGUUGUUGCAAGGGAGAGAAGCACAGGUUUCCAAACUAAGAAACUCAACUUUGAGAAAAAUAAUAGAUACAGCUCGCACGACUCGUCCAAAAGAGUCGCUUCUUCAGUGGCGUUGGCCAAUGCACCGAGACAGAGCGCAGCCAUAGUGGAGGCCAAAGGUAAGAAGAUUAAGUUUGAUUAA